CGUUUCAGCCAGCACAAUGUUCCUGGCUUUGUUUACAAAAAAAAUAGCUAAGUAGCUCAAAAUGCCCCGGUAUUGUGCAGUGAAACUCUGCAAAAACCGUGGAGGGGUACUUUCAAAAGACAACAAAAGGAUUAGCUUUUAUCCGUUCCCAUUACAAGAUCAGGCCAGGCUUCAGAAAUGGGUUGAUAACAUGAAACGCCAGGAGUGGACACCCAGUCGGCACCAGUACUUGUGUAGUGAGCAUUUCACAGAAGACUCGUUUGAUCUUCGCUGGGGAAUUCGGUACCUCAAGCACACAGCAAUCCCGACAAUCUUCCCUUAUAUAUGUGAUGAUGAAAACAGUAGAAUUCAGAGCAAGAAGAACUCCAGGGUCAAAGGAAGAGUAUGCAGCACCAACGUCCAGCUCAUCAGGUCCUUGUCCCCGCCAAAGAAGAAACCUCUCAUCCUCAACGACUUCCACAUCAACAACAACAACAACAACAACGACAACAACCACAGCAACACCGAUGACGAUGAGAGCGGCAGCAUCGUCACCGGCCAGACGACGGAAGUGAGCGCGGCAGACGGACAAGUCUUCUCCGUGCUCCUCGUGGGACACCUGAAGCUGGAGACGACUCUUUGUCCGCAGGAGGAAGGGAAGUUGCCGGUCGGGCCCCACCUCACAAACACUGGCGUCCCCUCACCUGCGCGUGUGUCUGUCUGCGAGCACCCAGGUGUGCUGCCGGCGAACUCGAACGGCCAGGUGAAGAGCGAGACGGAGGCGCCCUUCUGCGUUCGCUCGCCCGUGACGGCGUCGUUGCCCUGCGAUACGGUCGCUCCCUUCCCAGACUCCGCUUCCGGAGCGGCUGGCCAGGGGGCGGCCGAUUUGCUACAAACUGGACUCGAUCAGAGCGUCGCGAUCGGCCCAAUGAUGUGUCUGAAGGCGGACCAGGACGAGCAAGCGGGAGCUGGAGUAGUCGUUUUCUCGGAAGCGCACACAGAGACAGAGGGCGAGGGGGGACCGGACAAGGACGAGGCCGCGGAAGCACAGGCGGAGGGCGAGGCGGAGGUCGAGGGCGAGGUCGAUGGCGACGGCGAGCACGCCAGCCUGUGCGAACACUCGUACUCGCGGCAGGACCUGGACCAGGAGCAGCUGUGGGGGCGCAUCGCCGCGCUCCACGCCAAGAUCACCGAGCUGGAUCAGCGCGAGGAGGAGACGCUGGCCAAGAUCCAGGCGGCCGAGGACACGGCGGCCCGGCUCCGCAAGCAGAACGUUGUGUGCGAGGAGAAGCAGAAAGCGCUGGAGGAGUAUUUCGCCGCCUUCCUGCGGUAGUCCGAACGCUGUCAUUUUUUUUGUAUGUUUUGUUUUGUCUUGUGCAGAGUUCAGAGUUUGAAUGUGAUUUUUUUUUUUAUUCUUUUUUUUUAAUCUUUUAUCUUGUUGGCUCACCUGUCACCAGCUCCCCCGGGCUAUGGCUUUGGUACUAUUAGCCGUUUACAGACAACAUGCACUUAAAGUCCAGUUUCAGAGGUAUCUAUUGGUAUCUAAUCAUUGUGUUCUGGUUUUGAGGUUGAAAAAUUCUCCACAUUGACAUGGAACGGAAACAUAGCACAGAACAGACAUCAUAAAAUAUUGUCUACGUAUACAAAAAACAAAACAAAAACAUUUUGUAAUGCAAAAUACCAAAACAUGUACUGUAUUUGCAGCCGAGGCAGACCAAUUAUUUAUUUACUAUUGCUAUUUAUCUUGUAUAGACAGUUUAGAAUGUUUUCUACUGCAGCUACUUCUAGCAAUUAUGUUACUUCAUAAUGAGGUCUGGCAACGUAAACAAGACAUACAGAGCACACCCACAACCCCCCCCCCCCAGAACAAAAUGAAAUAUAUCAUGAUUCAUUUGUGUUUGUGAAGUACUGUUUACAGUUAGAGAGAAGCACCCCCAGUUCAGAUUCAUUCAGGUAUUAAACAACACUAAAUUUAUGGGAAAAUGCAAGAAUCCAACUCUACCUUUUCACUGUAAGAUAUGAUGAGGGUAGCAUCAGAAAGCACAGGCACACUCUGACAGAAAUAGCUCUCGCUAGAGGACUUGAUACUUGAUAUUUUAAGACAAUCUUUCAGUCCUACACUAAAGAACACAAGCCUUAAUUGUCCAAUGGGUGGUCAUUCUAUGAGAAUGAGUAAACCCAACUCAAAUAAGAAAACAUGAAUUGUAUAGCUGAAAGAUGCUUUUUUUUAAAUUCCUGAAUCCCUUGAAAUGUUCCUUAAAGUGGCCUAACCACAGUGACCAACAAUGACAAUCUAAUUCACCAUGACUCUCUAUGUGAAUGUAUUUCGCAAUCAGACUGAUGAUCUCUAAAAGCCCAAAUGAGCUAAAUAAAUACAUAUCCUACCUGAUCAUUGUAAAAGUGAAUAAUCAGCUUUUACCACAAACAAUUGCAAUGAGUGCUUUAUUAGCAUGUUUUAAUCUUGGGUUUUGUUUGAUAUCAGUGUAGAUAAUCCAUGUUAAUAGCAUUUGGCACUUCCGAGCACAGCGUUUUGUGACACUGUAAAACGUGAUUACUGAAACACAUCCUCACAUUUCUGGUCUGCCUUGUGACAAGCCCAUCCGGCCAACCAUGCCCUCUGGCAGAACUCUGCUCUGACCCAUGUGUGUGUCAUUUU